AUGAUUGGCACUGAUGCAUUCCAGGAAACCCCCAUUGUUGAGGAAUGUCCUCUACAUCAAACCAAGAUAAAUUUGCUUUGUGAAUUGGAAUCAGCCUAUGAGAUUAGCAGGUGGUGGUGUUUAAAUUCGAGUGAGGAAUUGAGGAAAUUUGUCGAGCUUACAGGGUUCCCUGUUGCGAGUACUCCGAUGGGUUUGGGUUCUUAUCCUUUAUCGGAUGAGGACUUCUCGUUGCAAAUGCUUGGAAUGCAUGGGACUAUUUAUGGGUCUAAAUUUGAUAUUGGAGGAGAAAGGAAGGUGAGGGAAGGCAAAGCUGGAUUUUUCAGUCUGGAGGCAGGAGCUAAAGAGCAGAAGAUGAACUAUCCAUUGAGCUAUAAGACAUUUGAAAAUGCUAUUCCUCAUUAUGUGAUUCAGCUUCUUGACAAGUUGACAAACGGGAAUGCCGUUUUUAGAGGAUAUGGUCUUGGACUCCCUGCAGCUAUAGAAGCAGCUGUUGCAAGACCUGAUGCUGUUGUGGUCGACAUUGAUGGUGACAGGAGUUUCAUCAUGAAUGUGCAGGAGUUGGCCACAGUUCGAGCAGAGACCCUUCCUGUCAAGAUUAUGUUGUUGAAAAAUCAGCAUUUGGGCAUAGUGGUUCAGUGGGAAGAUCGAUUCUACACGUCUAACAGGGCACACACUUGGAAAUCUAUCCAAAGAGUAGGAGAACUUUCCAGUAUGUUGAAGUUUGCAGAGGGUUGUGACAUACCUGCAGCUGGUGUGACGAAGAAGGAUGAUCUCAGGACUGCAAUUCAGAAGAUGUUGGAUAUGCCCGCAGGCCACACUUAUUGGAUGUGA